AUGGUUGACUGGGAAUUUAGCUACCUCGAUGCUAAAGGAAACUUCAGAGGUCCUUUUACUGCCAAAGAAAUGCGAAAAUGGUUCGGUAGAGGUUUUUUCCACGCCGAUCUCGAGGUAUUUGUUCAUCGAGGACAUCUUGCUGAAAAAACAACAGUAGGAGAGUUGUGCAUAAUAAAUGGUGAAAAAACACCAUUCACUUUCGCCUGCCUACCUGUACAACCGAUCAUCCACCGAGGCUUUGUAGAAUUUCCACCAGGUGUCACUAUUAAGGCUCAAAACGACAUGAAGUACGAUGCAGUUGUACGAGCGACCGCGCUUGAGGCGCCAAAGGGAGCAGAAGCAGCCGAGUCGUCGUCUGUUACGAACUCCGACGUAAUGCCAGCAAACAGUUCUGCAGCGUCACAAGGAGAUCAAAAAGUAGCUACAACUCACAAGUCAUCUUCUGAAAAGUUUGUCUCUGAGGUAAGGACGAGUGAAGCACAGAGACCUGACGUUAGUGUAAAGCAAGAAGCACUUCAAGGUGAAACGGUAAAGGAACUUAAUGUUACUCUAGCUGAGGCUAAGAAGGCUAGGUCUUGGCCUCUUCUAGCGCCUCCCGACAAAAAAUAUCCAAGAACGAAGAAGAAGAUUUGGAUUCAGCAGCAGUUUCUUGAUCUACGUAGCCAAUUCAGAAGGGCUGACCUAACCAAGUUCGACAAAGUUAAGGAGAACCAAGAUCUUUGCGGAGCUGUGUGCAAAUUAUGUUGUGUACGCUUAGCAGCACCAAGUGAUGUUCUGAGACAUCUAACAGUUGAAGAUCAUCAGAAGAAGGUGGAGAAUGAAUGUCAGAUACUGGGCACAGAGUUCGAUGAUUAUAAGAAGCGAUUGCAAGUGAUUGUCAGUUCAUCUACAGGCUUUGCCAUAUUUUCUAAGAUGCUCAACAGUAGUAUUGAAGCAGAAAUAAUUGAUACAAACUUCUUGAAAUGUGGAUUUUGGUUAUUUGUGCUGUUCCUUCCGUUCAGUUGUCUUUACUUCAUUUGUGAGGAUCUCAAAGAGUACGCAUUUGGUCCAGCCACACUGCCUGUUACUACAAUUCAACUCGGAAUCUGUAGUGAGGUUAAAUGUGAUCCGAGGGGUGACCAAAUAUUGUGCCAUGCAAAGCACAAACCUACGCUGAUGUUGCAAAUGGUCCCCACAUCUCGUCGUACCUAUAAUUCUGGAUUUCCGAGAACUUUGUUUUUUCUAGAUAUGAAGUACUUUUGUAGAGCCUUUCAAAUUUUAGCCGCAUCGACAAAGGUUAGUAGUACUCCGUCCCUUGCUAAGCCUGUGACGACAAAGACAAUCACGUCAUCAGUAGCUGCAAAUUCUUCUAAAGCGGGGUCGGCACCAACUUCGUCAAGAACUACUAACCUUUCGAAUGUUACCUCGAAAGGAUUUGUAAUAUCAACUGCCUCUAAAGCAUCUGCUGUACCAACAGGUAGUGUGAAAACAGACCAGAAUCCUCAAAAGAAUCCAUACCUAUCGAUAUUUUCGCAAGCUCCUUCGGCUGCAAAAGAAGACUUGAAAUCAGGAGAUGCUUCAUUUACCAAAUUGAUGCAACCAAUUGGAACUACUUCGUCUCGUGCACUUACUGAUAAAGAGUUUGCCACAAGAAUGGAAGAGCUUCGUGCACUUGCAGUAAAGAUUGACACACAGAAGUUCGUUAAGAUAUUUAAAGAUAGAAUGUCGAAUAACUUCUGCACCUUAUGUUCUGUUAGGACCGAUGGUCCUACGACCUUCUUAGCGCAUUUUGUUUCUCAGAAACAUUGUAGCAAGAUGCUCACAAGUGGUCUUCCAAAAGCAACAGAAGAUGAUUUUGGAUUGUGGAAGAGCCAGAUACUGGCUGCUGUCAAGUGA